AUGCCAUCCAUAUCUCCCUCUCCAAACCGAUCAGGCCUCGCCAAAAAGGCCAACCGCUACCGCUUCCUCUCAACCCUCCUCUCCCUCUUAGACAGAUACCUCUCCCUCCCCCUCCCCAAAAGUCCAAGACUCGAAAUCGCCAUUCCAUCAAAAGUGAGCAAAACCCCCGGCUCAAUUGAACUCCUCAUUUACACCGGCUCCACCCCCCUCUGUCCCCGUCAUAAUAAUCCACCACUCCCGGCCCGCCCCGUCCUCCUAAAUUUCCACGGCGGCGGCUUCUCAAUCGGACAUGCCCAGGACGACGCGCGCUGGGCCUCAACAGUCCUGAAAUCUUACCCAGACGCCGUAGUCGUAAGCGUCAACUACCGCCUGGCACCCGAACACCCCUUCCCCGUCGCGCUAGAAGACAGCGUCGACGCCAUCCUCUGGCUCUGGCAGCACGCAGACCUAUACAACCUGGACAAGAAGCGCUUUGCGGUCUCCGGAUUCAGCGCAGGCGGGAACCUCGCCCUAGCAGUGCCGAUCCGAUUGCACGAGGAACUGCAGAAAGAGCGCUGGGCCGGUCUGGGGAAGAUCGAAUUGGCAGGGCUGAUUGCGUUUUAUCCGAGUGUUGACUGGACGAGGACGCGGGCGGAGCGUGAUGCGACGAAUCCGGUUGCGGCGAAGAAAUCGAUGAUCUCGCCUGCUAUGUAUAAGUUCUUUGAUGAGUCGUAUCUCUUGGUUGCAGGGUUGCCGAGACGGAGGGGGACGGGGAGGGUGGAUAUGUCCCAUCCUUAUCUUUCGCCUGGGUUGGCGACUGAGUCGCUUUUGCUAACGGCUUAUCCUGAGGCUGUGGCUAUCUAUACUUGUGGGUGGGAUCAAUUGCUUGUUGAGGGGAAUGCUUUUCGGGAGAGGCUUGAGGGGUUUAUGGGGCAGGAGAAGAUGGGGAGGGUUGGGGGGUUUGUGGUUGAGGAUGUUCCUCAUGGGUUUGAUAAGAAGCCUUCGUUUUGGAAGGGAAAUAAGGCGAGGGAGAGGAUGUAUGGAGAUGCGGUUCGUCAGUUGGAGGGGAUGUGGAAGGUUGAUUGA